CGCUUGCGUGUCCACAUCAUUUCUCAUCCGUAGGAGGUCGACAGUUGCAUGUCUGCUGGACAAGAAACCUUAGUAGAAGCCGAGUCGGCAGCAGCGACCUACAACGUGGAGAACUCGUUUGACAUUGUCAACUGGUUCGAAGAAACCUACAAGGAGCAUGUUGCUACAAUGAUCAUCUACUACCGCGGGCUCUGGUGACCAUACUGCAAGCGCUACCUCAGAGAUUUCAAUGCUUUGUAUGAAAGCAUGAAGUCAUCUGAUGUAGCUGUGUAUGGUGUGACUGCUCAGCCACAGGAGGAAGCCGACAAGGCAGUCACACAAUUGAGGUUGCACUACAAAACAUACGGAGAUCCAGAUCACAAGUUGGCGACCCACUUGAAGGACAAAGGCCUGCUGGACGUGAUCAUCGCACGACAAGGUGAUUCUCGUCACCCAAAAGUCAAAGAUUACAAAGAUGGCAUGGCACAGCCAGCUGUUGUCGUUGUCAAUCGUGAAGGUGCCGUUCUCUAUUCAUUCAUCGUCACUCCAGGAUUGAGUAAUGCGUAUGGAGCCACUGGACGUCCGAAUCCAAAGGAAGUAUGCCAGUUGAUUCAGGCGAAGUUGAGUGGCUCAACCGAGAAUGUGAAAAUGCCGUCGAAGUAUGGUGUGUUCAAGUUCUAGUUGUAAGGAUUGUUAUCCGUAGACGAUGAGAGACAAUUCACGUUGUUGGUUAUUUAUCUUAUUGCAUGUGGCAUGCUGUAUGAUGACAAGGCUUUGGAAAAUCACAGUUUGUGACCCUAUGCCUUUGAAUAGAUUUGCAGCAUCUACAUGAUUUAUACAAAUAUAUAACAACUGUGCAGGAGCA